GAAGCUACUGUACCCGAUGAUCCGUACUGGAACGGAGGAAUGUGCAGUACCGUUGCCACCACAAUCAAACUUUAAAUAUAAACGUCAAAUGGAGGCUCCUGCACUGAAGCUAAUUCCCCGCAAAAAAAAAUCCGUGCCACCUUGCUAUUUGUGUAUAAAAUGUGUUGAUCUUCACAUUAUACUUGAAACAGGUUCAACAAUCAUGAAUAUCCUGAGCCCCUUAUGGUUGAAACAGAUCUUCGGGUUAAGUACAUAUAACUUGUUAUGAUUGCCAUUCCGCCUAGCGUUGUGGACGGUUGGCCAGCCCCAGCUGCAAAUCCGGAGACCAGAGGACCUGCUUUACCAAUUAUCGUACUUACCUUCUACACCCUCGCGAGUAUUGUUCUGUGCCUUCGGUUCUAUGCAAAAAUCCGAAUUUCACAUUCGGUCUGUGCAGAAGAUGCUCUGGUUGGCCUUGCAAUGCUUCCAACUACCGGAGUUACCAUCGCCGUCUUGCUAAGCAAAUGGGAAUAUUUACUCGACAGGCACGUAUGGGAUCUACCGCCAAAGAUGUAUCGUCCGUCAAACGUGUUGGCCACUAUCACCUUCGUGCUUUUCUGCUUGGCGUCAACGUUGGUGAGAGUGUCAUUUCUUGCCUUCUAUAGACGUCUCAUACAGCAUCAGCAUCGGAAGCUUUACAUCCGCGUUAUCUAUGCGACGAUUUUCUUUGCGGUUGGGCUAUCUAUUGCGUACAUCUUCGGCCUGAUAUUUCGGUGCAGACCAUUCAAAGCCUCGUACGACUUCAACCCUCCGUCGUUCCGCCCUUCCUAUCCAUACCAAUGCGCGAACCGAGAGAUACUUAUGUUCAGCGGAAGCGCCAUGGUGACAGUAUUGGACUUUUGGGUGAUGUUGCUUCCCGGACCUAUCGUCUGGCAACUCAAUUUACCGAUCAAGACACGCAUUGGUGUGCUCGGCAUGUUCCUUCUCGGCCUGCUUAUCUGCGUUUGCGGGGUAUUCAAGACCAUAUAUAUCUACAGGCUUGUUCACACCUAUGACGAGUCAUGGGUUGCAUGCCCGAUUUGGAUUGUCUCGGCACUCGAGCUUCAGGUCGGUAUAAUCUGUUCGUGCGCCCCGAGUCUUCGAGUAGUGGCAAGGGAGUGCCUGAAGAGACGUCGCGAUGAUCUCGCCUGUCGACGGGUACGGCAAAAUUGGGGUUCCGGUUCAAGUUCGAGUGAUAGUCCCUUAGCUCAUACGCACUUGAAACGGUCCAUCUUUCCCUUCCAUACGUCAACAUCCCAUCCGACGCACCUGGACGAAUUGGACUUUCCCAAUGGGUCUUCCUUCGAUGUUUGAUUAUGCCGUUCGUAGAAUAUAGUGGAACUUAUGAAGCGGCAGGACCAGUUUAAAAAGCACUCUUGAAACCUGUUGUAACCCCAAGUCUUGUCCUAAGAG